CCAGCAUGGGUGCCGGGUCCCGCUCGCUGCUCGCCGCCUUCUUACUGCUCCUCUCCGGCUACCGCACCGUGCGCGGCGACACACCUGCCAACUGCACCUAUCCUGACCUGCUGGGCACCUGGGUCUUCGAAGUGGGUCCCGGGGGUGCCCAGCGCAAUGUCAACUGCUCGAUUCUUGGACCACCAGAGAAAAAAGUAGUGGUGCACCUUCAGAAGCUGGAUACGGCUUAUGAUGACCUUGGCCAUUCCGGUCACUUCACCAUCAUUUACAACCAAGGCUUUGAGAUUGUAUUGAGUGACUACAAGUGGUUUGCCUUUUUUAAGUAUAAAGAAGAGGGCAGCAAGGUAACCAGUUAUUGCAAUGAGACAAUGACCGGGUGGGUACAUGAUGUGCUGGGCCGGAACUGGGCUUGUUUCACUGGAAAGAAGGUGGGAACUGCUUUUGAGAAUGAGUAUGUCAACGUGGGACACCACAAGAAUUCCCAGGAAAAAUAUUCUGAUAGGCUCUACAAGUAUAACCAUAGCUUUGUGAAAGCUAUCAAUGCCAUUCAGAAGUCUUGGACUGCAACUGCAUACAUGGAAUAUGAGACACUUACCUGGAAUGAUAUGAUUAGGAGAAGUGGUGGUCACCGUCAGAGAAUCCCCAGACCCAAACCUGCACCUCUGACUGCUGAAUUACAACAAAAGGUUUUGCACUUGCCAACAUCUUGGGACUGGAGAAAUGUUCAUGGUAUCAAUUUUGUUAGCCCUGUUCGAAACCAAGCAUCUUGUGGCAGUUGCUACUCAUUUGCUUCUAUGGGUAUGCUAGAAGCAAGAAUUCGUAUACUAACCAACAAUUCUCAGACCCCAAUCUUGAGUCCUCAGGAGGUUGUGUCUUGCAGCCAGUACGCUCAAGGCUGUGAAGGUGGCUUCCCAUACCUCAUUGCAGGAAAGUAUGCCCAAGAUUUCGGGGUGGUGGAAGAGGCCUGCUUCCCUUACACAGGCACUGAUUCUCCAUGCAAAAUGAAGAAAGACUGUUUUCGUUACUACUCCUCUGAUUACCACUAUGUGGGAGGUUUCUAUGGGGGCUGCAAUGAAGCUCUGAUGAAGCUUGAGCUGGUCCAGCAUGGGCCCAUGGCAGUUGCUUUUGAAGUCUAUGAUGACUUUCUCCACUACCGAGGGGGGAUCUAUCACCACACUGGCCUGAGAGAUCCUUUCAACCCCUUUGAGCUGACUAAUCACGCUGUUCUGCUCACAGGCUAUGGCACUGAUGCCACCUCUGGUCUGGAUUACUGGAUUGUUAAAAACAGCUGGGGCACUCAAUGGGGUGAGAAUGGCUACUUCCGGAUCCGCAGGGGAACUGAUGAGUGUGCAAUCGAGAGCAUAGCAGUGACGGCCACACCAAUUCCUAAGUUGUAGGGCAUACCUCCCAGUAUUCCAUAGUGAUCAUCAUCAAUUGUAAAAGAGCAUCCAUUUAUUCACAGACUGGAGAUGUAGACUUACAAAUGGAUUCCUACAAAGAUUUUUAUCUUAAAACUGCUCUUCACUGUAGUAUACCUUCCAAUCAAAUCACUCACUGACCUUUUUCUAUGUAUUCAGUAAAAUGAUAAUGUUAUGAGAGAUGGUGAGCUGUGAAAUAAUGGAUGUUGCUUACAAUUUGUAAUUCAGAUACGAUAUUUUUUAAAAACAAAUUAUGUGAAAGCGCAAACUUAUUUUUAAAUUGUAUAAAUCACAAGAAAAUAUGACAAUGUUUAUUAAAAUUUUUUUAAAUUUUUAAAAUAAAUGUUCA